UAAAUGGAGAGAUAUUUUGACAAAUGUUUUAAGUGUGUUUACCAGCAGACUGGACAAUAACCUCAAUGUGGAUCUUUAUCUGAUUAUAGAUCUGUAAUCUAUAAUCGUUAGUCCGUUAGCCAUCAAUCCGGAUUAAUUGUCAUUUAUGUGAAAGAUUGAAAUUGACUGUCCCAAAAGGCUUGUGUUAGCUAGCAAGCUAACCCUUGUCAAGUGUAUCUGUCAGUGCAGUGUGAUGAUGGUAAAUCCUCACUGAUCUUCACGGAUUGUUGGCUAAUACACGCAAAAGCACGACCACGACGAGACAUUUUGCUGUGGAAAUUUGGCUCAGGUUUUUCAGCUAGACCAAGCAUCUGCUCCUCAGCCCCAGGAAUCAUGGCCAAAGAUGCUGGUUUGAUUGAGGCCAAUGGGGAGCUGAAGGUUUUCAUUGAUCAGAACUUGAGCCCUGGCAAAGGUGUGCUGUCUUUAGUAACGGUGCAUCCACAGUCAGUGGCAGUAGGAAAACAGCUGUUGCCAAAAACAUUGGGCCCUUCCAACGUGAACAUUGCGCCACAUUUGAAGGCUAUACAAUGCUUGAAAUUGCCAAAAAAACUGAAGAUUUCAUACAAAGGUGUACACUACAGUCUUCAAAGACAAAGGACAACUGGCUCUAACAAGGACAGAAAGAGAUGUGGAAGGCCAGAUGUACAACUAAACAAGAUGGUCAUUAGCACACCUCAAAGGCCAAGUGGAUCAAAUGUGAUCCUAAUGAACAGCCCACACACACCCAGCUCUCAGUUUAUCACCCAGAGUCAACCAUCAGAAGCCUCUCCAUGGUCCUCAGGAAAGAGGGGUAAGAAAGGGGAGAAGAACGGGAAAGGCCUCCGGCAUUUCUCAAUGAAGGUUUGUGAGAAGGUCCAGCGAAAGGGCGUCACAACCUACAAUGAGGUUGCAGAUGAGCUUGUGGCUGAGUUCAGCUCUGGUGAUAAUCUCAUCUCUCCUAAUGAUGCGCAUGUGUAUGACCAGAAGAACAUUCGACGGCGUGUGUACGAUGCACUCAAUGUGCUGAUGGCCAUGAACAUCAUAUCCAAAGAGAAAAAGGAGAUCAAAUGGAUCGGCCUGCCCACAAACUCUGCUCAGGAGUGUCAGAACCUUGAGGUGGAGAGGCAAAGACGUUUGGAGAGAAUCAAACAGAAACAGUCGCAACUCCAAGAACUCAUUUUACAGCAAAUUGCCUUUAAGAACCUUGUACAGCGGAACCGCCAGAGAGAACAACAGAAUAAAAGGCCUCCACCUGCCAACUCAGUCAUUCACCUGCCAUUUAUUAUUGUCAACACCAGCAAGAAAACAGUCAUUGACUGCAGCAUCUCUAAUGACAAGUUUGAGUACCUCUUCAACUUCGACAGUAUGUUUGAGAUUCACGAUGACAUCGAGGUUUUGAAGCGCAUGGGCAUGGCCUGUGGUCUCGAAGUGGGAAAGUGCUCUGCUGAGGACCUGAAGACUGCCAGGAGCUUGGUGCCCAAAGCACUGGAGCCCUACGUCACCGAGAUGGCACAGGGGCCCAUUAGUAGUGUCUACAUGACAGGGGCGCCAUCUGCUAACGGAGGCCGCUAUCAUAUUGGAAGCGACGGGGGGGCAGAUGGCACAAUGGCCUCUAGUUCUAAUGACUCUCACUACAGCGGCUCUCGGGUCGAGACCCCUGUCUCCUACAUGGGUGAGGAUGAUGACGACGACGAAGAAUUUGACGAAAACGACGACGAAGACUAAGCCUGUCCAUCGUGCAAGUUCUUCCAGCUGCCAUGUCCAGGAGGAUUGAUCAACCACACUUCUUGUUACUCUUCUGCAACUCGCAGUUUAUUUCCUGCUGGAUAGCAUAGUUUUCAGCUGAAGGACGUUGCUGAAGUUAAGAGGCAACACUCUUGGCCCUGUUGUAGCACUCCAGCUGGACGUUAUCUGCUCUGAAACUUUCCCUCCUGAAGAAAAGCCCUCUUGCAUACAGUUGUGUGCUGUUGGAAAAUGUUAUGUGAUCUCUGUGUGAAAUAGUUAUCUUCUUUGUUUGAAUGAUGAGUUUGUUUUUGAACGUGCUGGCUUGAUUUGCAUUCUGAUGAUUCGGGAUGGCUUCUGCCCUGCAGACUUGUGAAUCGAAGAACCUACAAAGCUGGCUGCUAUUUUUUGCCCCAUAUGGGGCAGGUUUUUGGAUGUGUGGACUCUUUUUGAAUGCUGACCUGAUGAUUUCUUGCAGGCUUUUUUUGUAGAUUCUCCUCCCUUGUGUGUUUGGCUCCUCGGCGUUCUGCAGAGCAUUGCUUUUUUGGAGGACUCUGAGAAGUCAGUCAUUUUAUUUGUUUCUUGUCUUUUGGUUUUGGAGCUUCGUAGGCCAUCUUGUCCUAGAGACACCGGAGGACAUCAGAGAAACUUCCAGUACCUUAGGAAAAUGAAAUGCUUUGUUUCUUAAUCACAUGGUCUCAAAUCUUCUGAAGAUUAGUUUCUAGUGUCCUCUCCACGUCAGUAAUAUCUUGGAGCGUGUAAGAUUAUUGUUAUGUAUUAAAAAGAAAUGGACUUUAGGUCUCUCUGGACUUCCCUUUGAAAAUUUCCUUUAAAAAACAAAACCGAAUCCUUGUACUGACUCCUCGAAGUAUCUUUUCUGUAAUCUAAUAUAAGUUUCAAAUUUAAAUAUAUAGAAUGUUUUAAGAACUCAAUUUUGGUGUGUUUAUUUGCAACACUAAUGUAAUACUACUCAUUUCAAUAAACUUUAUUUUAUAUA